UUCACUCAACCAUUCAACAAGCCACAAUACUGUUUGUCACAUGUCAAAAAUGUUAAAAAAAUACUGAAAUAGCCGUGUAAAACCAUUCAAAAAGGUGUCCCACAAUCACAAGCUUUUGUGUUUAAGGUCAAUAAUUAAUAAUCUGAUCGUAUAUUGAAAUAGAAUAUUUGCUAUGCUAACUCAGUUCAAAUUACAUCUUCUGUCGUCGUGUGUAGAGGUCUUUACUCCUACUUUGACAGGUGAAGUGACAAUCUGAUUGUGACAGAUUUUAUAACCAUGUUUGUCACGAUAUUUCACGAUAGUAUUUUGUGAUCCCGUUUCCAACAGAAUUGUGCAAUAAUAAUAAAGAAACAAUUAUUCUGUACAUAGUUAAUAAUAAUUAAAAUAAAAUCAAAAUGUGGAAAGGUUUGAGAUUAACGCACUCUCAGUUAACUAAGUUUCACCACAAUGGCCCGAAAUUUCAACCAAUCGGUGUCCCAGCGAUAGAUUCAGUAUUGAACCAGUGGUACGAAUUCUGCAAAAAGCCGCCUAAAGGAUUUGAGAAGUACUUUCAGCCAGGCACAAGUCAGAAACAGGCGAAAAACCCGAAUCCUGACAAAAACCCACCACCGCCGUCAAAAGGUGCGCAGCCUUCCUCCUCAAAACCAACGACAGCUCAGGACAAAUGGAACAUGAACAUGUUUAGUGGCCCUGGAAGCGGCAACCGCAGCGGCUACGAAGGCCAGGACAAAGAGAAAUGGAUGAUGUUUGGAGCAAUGGGCAUUGUGACAGUAUUAGCAUCUAUCGCAUACUUCGAACUUCGCUACAGAGAGAUUAGCUGGCGAGAUUUCGUUAAUCUAUAUCUCCACAAAGGCGCUGUAGAAAAACUAGAAGUUAUCAAUAAAAAAUGGGUGAGAGUAAAACUAAACCCAGGAGCAGCAUUAGAUGGAAAAGUGAUUUGGUUUGCCAUAGGCAGUGUGGACUCAUUUGAGAGGAACCUAGAGAAUGCACAGAUAGAAAUGAGUGUUGAUCCUCCUAACUUCCUCCCAGUCAUAUACAAGACUGAGGUUGAAGCUUCCAGUUUAACAGGCAUGCUGCCCACUAUACUCAUAAUAGGAUUUUUAAUUUACAUGAUGAGAAGAUCAGCAGAUAUGAUGGGGCGAGGAGGAAGGAGAGGUGGUGGACUGUUUGGCGGAGUUAUGGAGUCCACAGCAAAGUUGAUCAACCCAACUGACAUUGGAGUCAAGUUCCAAGAUGUUGCUGGCUGUGAAGAAGCUAAGAUUGAGAUCAUGGAGUUUGUAAACUUCUUGAAGAACCCCCAACAGUACAUUGACUUGGGAGCUAAGAUCCCUAAGGGAGCCUUGCUUACUGGCCCUCCUGGUACUGGUAAAACCUUACUGGCAAAAGCAACAGCUGGAGAAGCAAAUGUGCCCUUCAUAACAGUUUCAGGAUCUGAGUUCUUGGAGAUGUUUGUGGGUGUUGGUCCCUCUAGAGUCCGUGACAUGUUCUCCAUGGCACGUAAACAUGCGCCUUGCAUUCUGUUCAUUGAUGAGAUUGACGCUGUGGGCAGGAAAAGAGGAGGUCGCAGUUUCGGAGGUCACUCCGAACAGGAGAACACGUUGAAUCAACUUCUAGUUGAAAUGGAUGGGUUCAACACUACCACUAACGUUGUGGUUCUGGCUGCUACAAACCGAGUGGAUAUUUUAGAUAAAGCCUUGCUAAGACCUGGCAGAUUUGACAGGCAGAUAUUUGUACCUGCUCCAGAUAUUAAGGGUAGAGCUUCAAUUUUCAAAGUGCAUUUGUCUCCCCUGAAGACUACUAUUGAUAAGGAAAAGUUGGCUAGAAAAAUGGCUGCACUUACACCAGGUUUCACCGGCGCUGAUAUCGCAAACGUCUGCAACGAAGCAGCUCUCAUCGCCGCCCGAGAGUUAGCAAACGACAUAACGAUGAAAAAUUUCGAACAAGCGAUUGAGAGAGUUGUCGCUGGUAUGGAAAAGAAAUCCAAUGUCCUUCAACCUGAUGAAAGAAAGAUCGUGGCGUACCACGAAGCUGGCCACGCAGUCGCCGGCUGGUUCCUACAACACGCCGAUCCAUUACUCAAAGUAUCCAUUAUCCCCAGAGGAAAGGGUCUCGGAUACGCGCAAUACUUGCCCAAAGAACAAUACCUCUACAGCAAAGAACAGCUAUUCGACAGAAUGUGCAUGACACUAGGAGGAAGAGUCAGCGAAGAAAUUUUCUUCGGCAGAAUAACAACAGGCGCCCAAGACGAUCUCAAGAAGAUUACACAAAGCGCUUACGCACAAAUUGUCCACUACGGCAUGAACCCCAAAGUAGGCAAUGUUUCAUUCGAAAUGCCUCAACCUGGCGAAAUGGUAAUCGAUAAACCAUAUUCGGAAAAGACAGCCGAGUUAAUCGAUUCCGAAGUCAGAGAAUUAAUAAACGAAGCUCAUGUCUUCACAACAGAUUUGUUAACUAAGCAUAAGGAUAACAUUGCUAAAGUUGCCGAGAGAUUGCUAAAGCAGGAGAUUUUAAGUAGGGAGGACAUGAUUGAGCUUCUUGGUAAGAGACCCUUCCCAGAGAAGAGCACUUAUGAAGAGUUUGUCGAAGGCACAGGCUCUUUGGACGAGGACACUUCGUUACCAGAAGGUCUCAAAGAGUGGAACAAAGAGAAAACAUUUGUACCUCCCCCAGAAAGUUUAACACAGCCAGCACCAAAACCACCUUCUGCCAAGUAAUGAAAUAAACCUUUGUUGUAGUUUUGAGUGUAGUCAGUUUUACGUGAAAAUAUUUUAAUUACCUUUAAGAUGUAAAGGUAUUUUCUUUAUUAACGUCUGUGGGCGUGUGAACAUGACUUAGAUUUGUUUUUUGUAGUCUGAGAACGAAUUGAUUAUCUGGAAAUGGUAUCAGCAUUUACUGUCGAAUGUUAGGUUUACAAACGAAAGUGAAGACGUUAGAGAACGUUUGCAUUAACAUUUCAACAAAUAAUCAUAAUGUUUCAAACAUUUGUAUAGCUGCUUCACUAUUGCUGUUUUGUAAAAUAAACAAAUUCCAGUCA